AUGUUCGAUCGUCUUUUACCUCCAAAAAAACCAAAGAACGGAAUUUUAGUAGAUCGUUGUGAUCGAUGGACAGCAAAGAUUUUGGAAGACUUCCCUGUAAUUCAGACGGAUGGUAUUUUUUCGCGUGUUCUUCCGAUAUUACAAAAUUCAGAUUGUAGUGGAAAAAUGAUGAGGGAUACUUCAUCCAAACAACGCCCAGCUGUACAUCCAUAUCUAUUACCUGCUAUGAGCCAAUGUGAAACAACGCAGAUACCACGAGAUAUGCAUAAUCUACCUAACUUCCCGACAAGUCCCGUAUGCGACCGACGUGUUUCAAAUUACGAAAGAAUUUUGCCUAAAGAGGAUCUUGAAAAUGUUCAUCGCUUGUUACAAACACCCACGCCGCGACGUCGCCGCAUAGCUGGAAUACACGCAGAAGAUUCAUUUACAUCACCGACAGCUGAUCUGUUCUCUCGGGCGCCGUUACCAGCCUCUAUUUUGAAAACCCGGAAAGAGCGACGGCAUGAGAAUACAUCAGCUGAUGUAACAGAGUCGCAGUUUAAAAGUCUUCGCUUCGACCUUCCAAAUUCGUUCGUGUCUAAUUGUGAUAGCAUUAUUUCAAGUAUCAGUCAACUGAAAGAACAAGAAUGUAAAGUUGGUCCUCUCAAAACGAAUUAUGCCUAUGCAUUAGAUGCUCCAAAUCCGGAUGGAUUGGAAUUUACGGACAUGAACAAAAAGGAACACUUGGACCUACAGGAUGAACUGGAAAUUUUGAUGAAAAAGGAUGAAAAAACUGAAUCUAUCAGUACUACAAACCAAGAAGGUCCAUAUAAGAUAUCGAUUGAGGAGCAGAGUGAUUCGGAUGUUGUGGAAGAUCAGGAGAGAAUAAUGAAGCACUGUUUUGAAGAACAAGAAGAAAUGAACGGUUUACACGAUAAAACUGAGCCAUCCAUUAUGAUCAAUGAAAAUUCCUUAAUUCGGGAAAGUUGUACAGCUCCAGUAUCUGUGAGUUAUGAAGAACAAGAAGAUCCAGACAAUCCCUUGGAUGAAAAUGCUCAUAAUAUCAGUUCUGAUGUAUGUGUAGAGGAUAAACAAAGUAUAUAUAGCGUUGGUAGCCUUCCUGAAAGUACUUCAGUAUUAACUACCAAAAUCUCCAGACAUUCUACUAUCGUCGGAAUUAAAAUGUCAUCAAAACCACCGGAAAAGCGACCAGAUUCUUUAAUUGAUAAAAUAGCAGCCGAAUGGGAAAGUAACAUCGCAUCAAGUAACAAUGAUAACAUCGGGUCACGUGAAUCGUUGCAGAAAAAGAUUUCGUACGAGCAAGAGGAUGAAACUGAUAACGUCGCGUCAAAUGAAUCGUUGCAGAAAAAGAUUUCGUACGAGCAAGAGGAUGAAACUGAUAACGUCGCGUCAAAUGAAUCGUUGCAGAAAAAGAUUUCGUAUGAGCAAGAGGAUGAAACUGAUAACGUCGCGUCAAAUGAAUCGUUGCAGAAAAAGAUUUCGUACGAGCAAGAGGAUGAAACUGAUAACGUCGCGUCAAAUGAAUCGUUGCAGAAAAAGAUUUCGUACGAGCAAGAGGAUGAAACUGAUAACGUCGCGUCAAAUGAAUCGUUGCAGAAAAAGAUUUCGUACGAGCAAGAGGAUGAAACUGAUAACGUCGCGUCAAAUGAAUCGUUGCAAAAAAAGAUUUCGUAUGAGCAAGAGGAUGAAAAUGAUCCAACAUCCACGGAAAUCGAAAAAGCUAUUGUUUGUGAUCCUGAAACGAAUUUAGCGAGUACAUGGGGAAAAUUGGAGAAACAGGAAGAAGUGAAAGUUGAAUUUUCUGAAUCAGUAAAUCUUUCUCCUAGAACACCCGGACCGAAGCAAGAGGAUGCUGUUGGACAAGCAGUUCGGACUUUUUUCAGCGAUUCAUUUCAUUUGUCGGAUUCUGAUAGUGAAAUAUCCACUUCAUCGCAUCGAAUGCUUACUCGUUCUGCAGCUAAAGGUAAUUCCUUAAUUUUAACAGCUAAACUGGUAUCGCUAUCACCGGAAGUUCAGCCAACAUUAAGGAAACGUUUGGAAAGCGGUGCAAGUUUAACGCAUAGUCGGGAAACAACACCAAAAAGUUUAACUCGAGCUACAUCUUCGGCCAAAAGUUCAUCGAGAACUGAGAAAACACGACGAAAACGCCUAAAAAGUAGAACAAAUUCACCGUGUAAUCCAGAAACAACACCGAAACGUUUAACUCGAGCUACAUAUUCAUCUAAAAGUCCACCCAAGACUGAAGAAAUACGCCGAAAACGUUCAGAAAGCAGAACAAGUUCAACACAUAGCCGUGAAGUGACACCACAACGGUCAGCUCGACCUAUAUCAGCCAAAAACUCUCCUACAAGGAAAUCGCUUCGCCGUAGUCGAACACAAUCAGAACAAAUUGAAGCUAAAGAGACAAUUCCAGAUGUGACUCCAAAAGCUUCACCAAAUCGACGGAGACGAGCUGCAUCAGAAGAGUCCCAGUUAAACAAAACUUCGACUCCAUCUCAUCCUAUGUUGACUCGCUCUGCUAAAAAAGCAAGAAGUGAAAAUGGAUCACCUCCAAAACAAAAAACUAUAUCAGGAUUUGAACCAAGUUUAGCGAAAAUUGACGAAGUGCCAAAGAAAGGUUACAUACGUGUCGGACGAAAGACCGUUGCACAGGUUUUGAAAGAGAAGAUUAAAUAA